AACCCGCGGCGGGACCAUCCACCCCCGCACUCAACGUCCAUCAAGGGGCCGGGCGAUGCUCUCCCCUCCCCUCCCCCGGCGCUCUGUGGAGCUCCACAGACACGCAACAAAGAGCGAGCGCUCCCGCCGGGAGUGUGUGCGCGGGGGGCUCCAGCCCGGCCAUGGCGGAGGAGCCCCCGGCGCGGAGCCGUCCGGACUCGCCGGAGCCCCCGGCCCUGCGGCGGCACAACCUGCUGGGCGAGCGGCGGGACCGCGCCGGGCAGGUGGGCAGGGAGCGGCGGGGCCGGGGCUGCCCCCGCGGGCCGGGCGGUGCGAGCGGCCCGGCCCCGUCCCGCUGUGCUCCCGCAGGGCCGGUUCCCGCUGCACAGGCUGCUGGUGCUGGCCCGGCUGCGCCCGGGGGCGGCGGCGGAGGAGGCGGCAGGUUAUCACCGAGGAUUGUUUGAAAAUUCAUUAGAAGACCGUGCAAGGGAACAAGUCUCGGGUCUGCUCCUUGUCUAUUCCAGCCAUGUUUGUCAUGUGGUAGAGUCUUGCAGCAGCACGAUCCAUCUCAUCAUCCAAGAUUUAGCUUCUCUCCAAAGUCAAGGUCAUGGCGCUUUACUCCAGGAAAUUAAAGUUUUGGUGGUGGCCCAUAACAUCCCCACCAGGCUGUUCCCAGACUGGUACGUGGCUGUGGCGCCGUCUCCCGUGACAUCCGCACAACGCACGGCAGAGCCCCAGCCCACGGCGGAGCUGGUCGCGGAGCUGCUCGCCCUCCUGCUCACACUGGCAGCCGGUGUCCAGAGUUCUGAGGACGACAGUGAGGAUACACUGGAGAGCGUGCACACUCUUGCCCCCGAGCUGCUGAUCCCGGCAGAGACAAUUAACUCUCUGUAUAAUGCUGAAGAAUGUGCAAGUCCAGAAGAUUUUCUGAGCAUUUAUUUAAGUCCUUCACAGCCUGCCCUGGACUCAGAAACUGUGUGGCCUGUCCCAUCCCAUCCCACUCCAUGAAACGGGCUCUAGCUGGGGUUCACAGCUGGACGCAGUUGUGUUUAACAUCAAUCCACACAUUGCGGAUCAGAUUCACUGUCACUCGCAUUGUCCACUGAAGUCGUCAGAAGAGCCAGAAACACGUGAACGACUGUGUCACCUUCCCUGUCCCUUGGUAGC